GAUUCAUUUUAGACACAGAAGCCAAACAAAAAACAUACACUUGCUCGUUGAGCAUAAAAGUUUUAUAUAAAAGUUUACUACCUUUUUGACCAAUUCUUAACCAAUUUCGAAGUACCCAUUAGUAGCUUUUAAUUGAAUAAAACUAAAGAGCUGUUCCGAAGAGAAGAUCUAGAUAUCAACUGUCAACCUGUCAUGUCAGUCUUUUGUUCAGAACUAGACUCCAGUUAGUAAGCACCAGAUGCGAGGUAUCUUUUUAUAGUUUUGCAAAAUUUUAAAUUAUAUAAAACGAAAAACAACUUUUUGAAAAUCAAAAUUUGUAAAUCAGUGGCAAGAGGAGAAGAAAAUGCAGGACGAGCGACCGAAUUCCUUCAACACCAGGCGCGACUCGGCCCAAACGGGAGGUCAUUGCGACCCCUUCGGAACCCAGAACUCCGAUUUCAUGCCCAGGACCUACGAGGUGAUGCGUCAGCGGAACUGCAAGACGGAGAAGUUCAUUCCGUUCGAGCGGUACUCCAGCAUCCGACCGCCUGUCUCCAAGUGCAGUUACGAUGAGACCAAGAACUUGCUGCUGGAAUCGGUGGACGAGGCCGGCUGUUUCGAGGCCAGGUCCAAAGAUCAGGAUGCCCUGAAUGUCUGGAAGUUGAGUCCGUACAAGCAGUCGCUCAGUUACUACGGGGUGGCCGAUGGACUGUCCCAACCGGAGGCUGUCAAGUUCAACAGAACUUUAACCAGCAGUUUGAAACACGCCUCUGGCUCGAGGAAGCGAGGGGGCAGGCAGCCAAAGGUUCCUCCAACUCCCCAGAGACCACCACAGCCCGCUCCGGUGUGCCAGCCCUACAUCCUCAAUCGCCAGACCCUGGGAGCGGAGCUGCAAGCGAUGCCCGUCGUCCGGCAGAAACUCGAUCCCAAGACGGCCUUAGAAAUGGUUUACUGCGAGAAGCCGCCGAACCCCGAGGAUCCCUUGGGCGUGGAUGAGGUCUCCCCAAAAGGGUGAGCCUGAAGGAAGCCCUGGAUAUGCUGAAAGCGGAGAAGCCCCCAAGGCACGGCCUGCGCAGGAAGCACUGGUACUGCCCCCCGAAGUGCGGCGAGCAGGAGAACAGGUGCACCGACUUC